AUGAAUAAUGGCCAAUAUUCCCUAAUUAAAAAUCAGAGAAAUAAGCGUUCAUUAGAUGCACUCGAAGGCACUGGAUUUGAUGGACUUUCGAAACGGGAUCAUCCGUUCUUUGUUCGCGGCAAAAAAUCACUUGAUUCACUUGAGGGAAGAGGCUUUGGUGGCUUUCUUAGAAAACGAAAUUUACCUAUGACGCAUCCAUCAUGGGACCAUUUAAUGGAUAAGAGAGCUCUUGAUAUGCUUGAGGGCGAUGGAUUUGGUGGUUUCUCGAAGAAAUCUGCAGCACAUUAUACUAUACCUUAUAGACAACCACUAAAAAGAUCCUUGGAUUCCAUCGAAGGCGAAGGUUUCGGUGGAUUUCUUAAGAAAAGAGCACAUUUAGCUGUAUUUGAUGCUCCAGAUAAUGCACCUUAUAGACAACCACUAAAGAGAUCCUUGGAUUCUAUUGAAGGCGAAGGCUUCGGUGGAUUUCUUAAGAAAAGAGCGCAUUCAAUUAGAUUCGAUCCCUCAGAUCGAUUUGAAUACGGUGAUUGA